UUAUGUGACAUGUUGUAUAGCCGUAUACUGUGUAAAACAAAAAUGCUUACAAAACCAUAAUGCUUUGCUUUGUGCAUCAAGAGUCCCGCACCAAAACUACCACUAGUAACACCAGAAUACAAGAUAAAGAUGUUUCCGUUUGAUAUGUAAAGCUGUUUUCCUGUAUAGAGAUGACCGUAGAUGACUUAGUAGCGCAAAUAGUGCCUUGAAGCGUGAAGCCGUUCCACGAUCCUGCUUUAAGGUGUGAAAAUGUCUUCUUGAAAGCCGCUUAUAGCGCAAAUAACGCACGCACCUGCUUUGAUUGAGUUUCGGAACCGAAACUGUGAUCGACGCAAGAUAAACCCCGGUGACGCACAUUGCUUCUGCAAAAAAAAAGGUAUAUAAGCCAACAUGUCUAAACACAAAGCGUGCUUACUUCUUGUUUCUUGCUCACACACGAAGACGGGGAAUCUAGCUUUUUUAACCUUUAGGGUUUGAAAUAUAUAACUGCUUUUAUUGUUUUCUAUUCAAUUUUCGUAAACCUUUUCGCUUUUUUAUAUAAAUAAAAAUUCUCCUUUUUGGGGAACAAAAGACCAUUUGUUUCCGGGGGAUUCCUUUCCACUGAGGGGCCUCCUCCAAGGGGCUGAAUGACAAGAACACCGCUUCGAAACCUGCAGACACCGGCCUUCGUGCCUCUGUUGAAACAAGCUGCGUCUAGAGGAGGACCCGGCAUGAGCCUCUAGAGGGCAGCGGUCUUAAACAUGGCGGCUCUGCUGGGUUCUGUGGAGCUCAACUGGGGCGACCGGUCCAACAUCAUCAAAUAGUACCCCUACAGGACGUCCAAGAGCGCCCUGAACAUGGUGAGUUGCUGUAUGGCUGUAGACCUGGAGCCUGAUGGGAUCCUCUGUAUGGUCAUACAUCCUGGCUGCGUUUGCACCGACAUGGGGGGGUCCUGAGGCCUCACUGAGUGCGGAGGAGAGCGUCUCUUCCCUCCUGUCUGUGAUUGGAGGACUGACUGAAAAGGAUCACGGGUUGUUUCUGAACUUCACCGGGGACAUUUUGCCGUGGUGAUUCCUUUUUCAUCAGCACGUCCAGCCGAUCCUGAUGGCUAUAUAUUUGAUUAUGAUCGUCUAGUGAAACAAGCAACGUUGAACGACUUAAACUUCACGUUAAAUUUUUUUAAUCCUACAUAUUUUGAGGGUCCAUAUGCACACAGAAUACAGUUUGAAAAGUUCGGCCCUACAUUUCCAUGAGUGUAUCUUUCAGUAAAGGAGGUCAAAAUAUACACAUGUUUAUUCUUGUUUAUUUUGUCCUAAACUGUUCGACUUGUAGUAAGUUGUCCACGUUAAACAGCAUUCCUUCUUUUACAAUCAAAGUAGAUGAUGUCGUACGAGGAAGUUUUGUCAAAAUGUUUUUCUUCCUCAUUCUCGAAGCAGUAAGUUAAGUUUGGGCUUUACUCAUAAGAAGACCUCGGUGUCCCAGCAGGGUCACCCAACGUAUUGUUGUGUUUGUUAAAGAUACGUUUCCUGUUUCCCAUCGUGCAUCUCUUUCAGCAUGCAGUCCCGCAAAAUAAAAGGUGACCAGUCUGAGAUAAUGAGAACAAUAAAAGCGUAAAGGAAGGCAAAUUACAUUUAACGUCCUUUGCGUGUGCCAGUUGACCAUGUUAUUGUUACUUCACAGCACCUGCUGGUUUGGGUACAGGUGCACGAGAAAGCAGAGCGCUCUACUUAGAAAAUGAACAUAUCGAACAAACUUAUAGGUUACGUAGGUGAAAAACCAAUGCUCUCUGUGUCGUGUAUUAAGAUAACGGCGGGGGCAGAAUUCUGUGUAUACGGGGGCAGUUCUAGUGCUUCCUGGCUGCAGGCGCCCGGCUCCAUUGUUGAAGCCAUCUGACCGCAACACAGGAAUCUUUAAGAGCAACAGAGCUGAAGAAGAGGGCAUGCCAUUCAGAUCUAAUCAAACCAGUUUGCCUAGACUGCUGUGCAGGAAGUCCUGUGCUCUGUGUGUGGAGAGCGAGAGGAGAGAGGCAGUGUGCACACAGCGCCUGCAACAAUGAGGUGUCGUGCUAACUAGUUAUUUUGUGUUUGUGAGAGAGCCCUGCAUUCACUGUGUGGGAAGAUUCUUGCAUUCCUGAAGGACAAGAUGAACUUGUCAUCACUUGCUACAGAGGCAUAUUUUGGCCACAUGCAGCUGGAGGGUGAGAAGUAGACCGAUGGACUAUCCGGCCAACGAGAGGCUGCUGUCGACUGCUGGAGACCUGAGAAUGCCGUUCUCAGACACGGUCAAGUACUCCAUCCUGGGCAUCUCGGUCGCUCUUCUUCUGCUGGCGCUGGGCAUCUUGGUGUGGCAGGCCUUCAGGUGCUGCACCACAAUCACCCGGCAAGAUGCUGUAAACAGGGAUCUGCUGUGCUCAGUCGAAAAGUCAAGAACGAGGAGAAGCUACUCAGGAGCUCCAUGCACUAGGAUGGAGAAUGUCAGCACAGAGGUCCGCAGGCUGAGCCGCUGUCUGUCGGGGGCCUCGUAUCCCACCUCGGAAUCCAGACAGGUGGACGGAGAGGAGCAGGACACCAUUAAAAAGGUCGAUGGAACGAUUCGUUUUUCCAUCUAUUAUGACCAACUCCAGUCGCAGCUGGUUGUCACCGUCCUGCAGGUGGAAGGGCUUCUGUGGCCAAGCCAGACAUGCAGCCUCCAGCCAUUUGUCAAGCUGAGACUCAUGUGGGCCGGUUCAGUGGGAGUGGAAGUGGACGACUGUACGGACAAGGAGGGCGAAGGGACCGCACCCAUCUUGUGGACGGUGCUGCAGGAGUGGCGGACUCGCAUUGUGAAAGGCAGCUGUAACCCUUUAUUUGGAGACCAAUUCAGCUGCAUCAUGCAGGAAGACAAGGAGCUUCAUCACAUUAACCUCAAGAUGGAGGUGAGGCACUUUGAUAAAUUCUCUAGACACACAGUGUUGGGAGAGGUGAGGGUUCCUCUAGGGCAGCUCAACAUCUCCUAUCCUCUUGAGCUACAGGAAGAUCUGAAGACACCCCAGAAGGAUCUCGUAGGAGAGGUGCUCCUCACUUUAAAGUUUCUUCCCACCUCUCAGAGGCUUGAAGUUGGACUACUUAAGGUCAGAACGGUCCUCACAGAAAUAUACUCGGAUAGAGCCCUAUAUGCCAGGAUCAGUGUGCAGUGCAACCAGCACAAAUUGAGGUACCAAAAAACCUCUGCUGUGGCCCAUUCACUGGUAACUGUCUUCAAUGAGGUCCUCAUGUUCUCCCUGCCAGAGUGUCCCCUGGAGCAGUGUAAAAUAUCAGUUUCUGUGUACGAGACUCACAUAACUAGGAAAUUAUCCAAAAAUCUAAUUGGACAGUUGACUUUGGGUAAGGAAAGAAAUUCACAGGACAAGCAUUGGAGCUUAAUGAUGUGCUCCGUUCGCCAGCCAAUAGCAAAGUGGCAUGGCAUACUGAUUUGACUCAUAUGUAAAUACUCACCGGCAGGGGCUUGAUGUUCACACCUGUUUGCAUAUGACUGAAAGCUGUAUUGCUCGUGUGUCGGCCUGAGGGAUCUGUGCCUGUGUAGCAGUAUGCCAAACAUAAACACCUCUCCUUCCUGACGCCUUAGUGGUAGAAAUAUCUUUCUGUUCCAAUCCGUUCAGCUCAACGGCCAAAAUGAAACUUUAGGUUGGUCAUUCUACAGGAACAUUUUUUUUUCUGUUGUCAACCGCUCUUUUUAACUCCAAUUCUCAUCACAUUGAAAGAGCCGGAUUGGACGUUGGCACUCCUUAUUGCUGAAGAUUACUUUUUUUACUCAAUCUGUGCAUAACUGUGUUGUUUGUGUCACAGUCAGCUUUUAUAUCUACACUUCUUUUUUGCUUGUUCGAAAAUCACGUCAUUCUGCAUUAAUAAAUCUCUAUAUCACAG